AUGAGGUGGCGAGCGGGACCUCCUCGUGGUUCGGGACCGAUUCCUACCUGCUUCGGCGACACCUGCGAGGACCUCAGGACGAGCCACCUGACGUGCUACCCGACUCGGGAGCUGAGCGGCGACCCCUUCGGCGUCCCGUGGGAGGAGGUCCCCGUCGAGGACCACUACCCCAACGCCUCCGCCAGGGAGUACUACCUCGGGGCGAACCUCAUUGGAGGCCCAGGCGAGAUCCUGAGCUGCCCGGAGGAGGCGUUCACGACGCAGGGGUGCGGCGCGCGGCGCCUGGCGUACCUCAGGGCGCGGGGCGGGUCGCUCGGGGGCCGACGCCGCGCGCCGGGGGCGGGCGUCCUGUUCCGCGCCGCCCAGGCGUGCCCGCGUCGCGACAAGAAGUCGGGCCGGGAGGUCUGCGUUGCCUGCGGCUUCUGCAGAGGCGGCCGCUGCGCAGAGGGCCUGCGAGGCACGCGCGUGGGCCGGGUCGGCCAGUGGCGCGGCGCGGCGGCGGCGAUGCGGGCCGGGCUCGUGGCUGGCGCCGUCGUGGCGCUCGCCCAGGUGCAGAUGCGGACGGCCCAGUGCUCCGACGACACGAGCUCGAAGGCGCGGCUGGACGCCUACGACCGCGGGCACUGCACCUCCAGGGGGCAGAUCUCUGAGGUGUACCUGGGGGUCCACCUCGAGACCGGGAUACCGGUGGCGCUGAAGAAGACGGCGAGGUUCGGCGAUCUGCAGGAGGCCGUGCAGAGGGAGUGCGAGAUGGAGGCCGGUCUUCUGAUGGCGCUGGACCACCCGCACCUGAUCAGGUAUCACGAGCACUUCCUCCACGAGGGAGACCUGUACCUCGUGAUGGAGCCGGCCAUGGGCGGCACGCUCGCGCAGAAGGUGGAGUCCGCGAGGAGCCUGGGCUCCCCCAUGGACGAGGCGCUGUUGUGGCGGUGGCUCUCUGACGUCUCCAGCGCCCUCGUCUACCUCCACAGGCGGCGCGUCCUCCACCGCGACAUCAAGCCCUCGCACGUCUUCCUCGGCCAGGACGGCGCCGCGAAGUUGGGUGACUUCGGGCUCUCGAGGGAGCUGCAGACGGCGACGCAGUGUGCCCUCUCGUGCGUCGGGACCCCGUUCUACAUGAGCCCCGAGAUCGUUAAGGGCGAGGGCUACGCCUUCGCCUCCGACGUCUGGAGCCUCGGCUGCACGCUGUACGAGUGCGCCAUGUUCUUCUCGCCCUUCUACCGCAGCGACAUGGACUUCAUGGCGCUCGGCUCCGCCAUCUGCUCCGCGAGCUACCGGCCGCUGCCGCCAGACCAGUGGACCCAG